AUGGCGGACCCAGAGCUCACAUCCCCAUCACCUGUGACCCAUCGCUUGAAUGACACAGGUGGGAUCUUUGAGUUGUCGCUCCAGAACGUUUCGUCGGAGCGCAAAACUCAAUUUGAGGGUGUGGAGCUGCUGCAGUCCUUCAAGCUGCUCAUCAUUCCCUGCUACACUCUGGUGGCCCUGGUGGGCGUCGUCGGGAACUACCUACUACUCUACGUCAUCUGCUGCACUCGCAAGAUGCACAACAUCACCAACUUCUUCAUCGGGAACUUGGCCUUCUCCGACAUGCUCAUGUGCGCCACUUGCAUCCCCUUCACACUGGCCUAUGCCCUCAACCCACACGGGUGGGUUUUUGGCCGCUUCAUGUGCUACCUGGUCUAUCUCAUCCAGCCGGUGACAGUGUACGUGUCAGUUUUCACCCUCACUGCCAUCGGGGUGGAUAGAUACUACGCUACAGUGCAUCCACUAAAGAAGCGCCUCUCAAUCUUGGCAUGCACCUACUUGCUGUGUGCUAUCUGGCUGCUGUCCUGUGCUCUGGUGGCUCCUGCUGUGGCUCACACCUACCAUGUGGAGUUCCAAACCGAAGGCUUCACCAUCUGUGAGGAAUUCUGGAUGGGUCAGGAAGGCGGGCGUCUGGCCUACGCGUACGGCACUCUCUUCAUCACAUACGUGCUGCCUCUGUCUGCCCUCAGCAUCUCUUACCUGUGCAUCAGCGUCAAACUGAGGAACUGUGUCGUUCCGGGCUAUCACACUCGGAGCCAGGCUGAGGCUCAGCGCCUGCGCAAGCGCAAGACCUUCCGCCUGGUCAGCCUGGUGGUGGCCGCGUUUGGCAUCUGCUGGAUGCCCAUCAGCGUCUUUAACGUGUUGCGUGACAUUGACAUUGAUUUGAUUGAUAAGCGCUACUUCCUGCUCAUUCAGUUGCUCUGUCACCUGUGCGCCAUGAGCUCAUCUUGCUGUAACCCAUUCCUCUACGCUUGGCUCCAUGGCCGCUUUCGUGGAGAGCUGCGCAAAAUGAUGGUGUGCCACAGACGUAUUGGCAUCGCUGCCAACAACGGCGCCACCGCCAGUGUUGUGCUGUGAAUAAGGCUUCUGAAAUUAUUGAAGUGAGGGAUCACUGUGAGAAGGAAAUGGGUUUAACUUUUCCAGUCUAGAAGCUGCUCAUGUACAAAAGCUGUGUUGCUAACGGAGUAAUUUAGUUGCAACAUUCAGUAACUUGUCAAAAACUGCUAGCGUGUUAAAGCCAAUUCAAUCCCAAAAUGUUCUUUUAAUAAAAUGUUUUGUACUGCCCAACUAGUCGAAACACAGUGUUCUGAUAAUGUUUUGUUGGUGGACUACGAGUUAAAAAGGCAAAAUCCACCUGUUUUUAUUCAUACAGGGGGCGGCCU